AACUCUCCCAUGGCAUGCAAGAGCAAGACUCCAUAUAUGAUAUAUCCAACCAGCUUAUAUAUUAUAUAUGUUAGUGCUGUGAAACAACUAAAGCACAUAAACCCUGCCAUGGCUUGGAAUUCCUCUUUCAAGCUCCUCUUUCUCUUUGUCUUUGUUAGCUUCCUCUGUUUUGCAACAACUAAAGCACAGGGCCCUAAUUUUCUUUACCAGGAUUGCCCAAGCAACCAAACCACAGCCAACAGCACCUUCCAAAUAAACAUCAGGACCCUCUUCUCUUCACUAUCUUCCAACGCCACCACCAACAAUGUAUUCUACAACUCCACAGUGACGGGAACAAACCCCUCUGACACUGUCUAUGGACUUUUCAUGUGCAGGGGUGACGUCCCAUUUCAGCUGUGUGGACAGUGCGUUAUAAACGCAACCCAGAAACUAUCAUCAGACUUACAGUGCUCCUUGUCCAAACAAGCUGUGAUCUGGUACGACGAGUGCAUGGUUCGCUAUUCCAACCACUCCUUUUUCUCCACCGUAGACACAAGGCCUGCUAUUGGCCUGUUGAACAGCGCUAAUAUCUCAAACCAGGCAAACUUCAUGCGUUUGAUGUUCGACACCAUGAACGAAACAGCAGAUGAAGCAGCUAUUGGUGCCAAGAAAUACGCCACGAAGCAAGCAAACAUAUCUGGGUUUCAGACCCUCUAUUGUCUGGUUCAGUGCACGCCGGACUUGUCAACCCAGGGUUGUAGAAGUUGUCUUAGUGAUGCCAUAGGGCUCCUUCCACGGUGCUGUGAAGGAAAACAAGGAGGGAGAAUUCUAAAUCCCAGCUGUAAUGUUAGGUACGAAUUGUACCCUUUCUUUCGCACCAACACCAUUGCUUCCUCCCCAGCCCCUACGCCUACACCAUCAGUCUCUGUUCCUCCAACUCCAACCACUUCUUCUAACUCGGGAGGAAGUGGUGGAAUUUCAUCGGGUACAAUAGUUGCAAUUGUGGUUCCUAUUGCAGUGGCCGUGGUGAUAUUUGUUGUGGGCAUUUGGAUCUUAUGCAAAAGAGCAGCAAAGAAGCGUAACUCUGAACAAGACCCAAAAACUGGAACUGAGAUCAGUGCCGUGGAAUCCUUGAGAUUUGAUUUCAGUACAAUUGAAGCAGCCACACAAAAAUUCUCAGAAGCUAACAAGCUAGGUGAAGGUGGAUUUGGUGAGGUUUACAAGGGCUUGCUUCCAAGCGGACAAGAAGUGGCUGUCAAGAGACUCUCUAAAAUCUCUGGACAAGGUGGGGAAGAAUUUAAAAAUGAAGUAGAGAUUGUUGCAAAGCUUCAACACAGGAAUUUGGUGAGGCUUCUAGGAUUUUGUUUGGAAGGGGAAGAAAAGAUACUUGUCUACGAAUUUGUAGUCAACAAAAGCCUUGACUAUAUUCUUUUUGAUCCUGAGAAGCAAAAAUCAUUGGAUUGGACAAGGCGAUACAAAAUUGUUGAAGGAAUUGCUCGAGGCAUUCAAUAUCUUCAUGAAGAUUCCAGGCUUAAGAUUAUACAUCGUGACCUUAAAGCUAGCAAUGUCUUGUUAGAUGGAGAUAUGAAUCCAAAAAUCUCGGAUUUUGGCAUGGCAAGAAUAUUUGGAGUGGAUCAAACUCAAGCAAAUACCAACAGGAUUGUAGGGACAUAUGGUUACAUGUCUCCAGAGUAUGCAAUGCAUGGAGAAUACUCUGCUAAGUCUGAUGUAUAUAGUUUUGGAGUCCUAGUUUUGGAGAUUUUAAGUGGCAAGAAAAACAGCUCUUUCUAUGAAACCGACGUUGCUGAAGAUCUAUUGAGCUAUGCCUGGAAAUUUUGGAAGGAUGAAACACCCCUGGAGUUGCUAGAACACUCAUUAAGAGAAUCAUAUACUCCAAAUGAAGUUAUCAGAAGCAUCCAUAUUGGUUUGCUUUGUGUCCAAGAAGAUCCAGCAGAUAGACCUACAAUGGCAUCAGUAGUUCUCAUGCUUUCUAGUUACUCUGUUACUCUACCGGUACCUAAUCAGCCUGCAUUAUUUAUGCAUAGUAGAACUGAAUCAAACAUGCUGAAGUGGGUGCAAAUUGAUCAGUCUAUUACCAAGUCAACAACAAAGUCUGUCAAUGAGAUGUCGCUUAGUGGAGAUAUUCCUCGAUAAGUAUGAAAAUGCAAGGAGGUUUUAAAGAAAGUGUAUCCAUGGAAAAAAAAAAAAAAAAACCUUUUGGUGAGUAGUGGCUUCUUUCAACGUGGAAUAAAUACGAGCGGGUCUUUUAGGCCAAUUUGCAUUUAUUGUGUGGCACUGAGAGACGACUUUACUUAAUUGUUUUCUCUCUGCAAAAUGUAAACUUUACCUAGUGCAAGUUUAAUAAAGAUUGGCAGUGUAAGUUGGCAACAUAUCAACUUCUAAAAUGUAGUCAACAUACUAUUAUGGUAAUAUAAAUAAGGUUUCUGAAACUCAA